AUGGUUCGAGAGUUGCAAUCACAAAGCACCAGUGGAGUCACGAGCUCCGCUGCUCGCUCGGCGACAGACCUUUCGAGUCCAAGCAAGAUUGUUUCGGACUCUUCGAUUGACUUGAUCGGACAUUUGUCCAGGCAGGGUGGUGACAGGAUGCGAUAUGUUGAGCCAUCUUUUUGGGCAGUAAGUGCUCAAAAAUUAAACAGCGUCUGCAGCGAUGCUGAAACUUCUCAGUCCAUGUGCGAGGAAGUCUCAGAAUUGGACGAACUGCUUGGCAACCAGGCUAGAUAUCUACUGCAACCAAGCGCUGAUGGUACGGGAAAGCUCAGCUUCGAGGAAGACGAGGGCUUCACAGUUCGCGGUGGUGAUGUCAGACCGAGUAGCCAGAAUCUGACUACUCACCUUGCGCUCGUUGGAAAUAUCGUAGCACAGCCACCAGCAUGGAGCUACAAUGAACGGAUUACUUCGCGGACUGUAGCUCGCAAUCCGGACUUUCUACGCCAGCUGCCAUCCAAGCGCAGAUGCGAUGCGCUGGUGGAAGGCUACAUCAACGGCUAUCAUCCUAUGGUGCCUGUUAUUCACGUCCCAUCUUUCCAUUACCGAUACGAGGAGUUCUGGCGUACGCGGACAGACCCUGAUGCAUCUACAACAGCAUCCAUGUCCUUCGCAGCACUGCUUGUGACUGUGCUGUACGCGGGAUCGGUGGCAUGUCCAUCGGCGGUCUUUUCGGGUGCAACUGGCGCGCCUGCUCCUGAAGAGGCUGCAACUCAGCUACAUAUCCUUGCUUUGAGAGCAUUACGGCUGUCUAACUUCCCCAGAACGCCAACACUUGACUCGUUCCGUGCGUACCUCAUCUGUCAGUCGACGUGGAUGCGCGAGGAGGAACCACUGACUUGUGUGGCGUUCGUGGGUCUAGCACUGCGAGUGGCCACAAUGCUUGGUCUGCAUAAGGACCCGUCCCGCUUCGGCAGCAUGAACCCGAUCGAAUGCGAAGUCAGACGACGAGUCUGGUGGCAGCUUGUACAUAUCGAUGUCUUGGUUGCGAUCGCAUCAGGACUCCCUCCGAUGGUCGAUCUCAAGGCUUGGGACGUGAAGGACAUUUCAGAGCUGAAGGAAGAACAUUUUGGUACACAGGUCGGUAUGGAAUACACGCAGGCUAUCAAGAGCGGACUGCAAGAGCCUGAUGCGGCCGCAGAUCCACGCGACCCGAGGAAUGCCUCCAUGGUGUCGACGGUCGGCAUACUCGUGGCAGGGAAGCUGCGAGCUACUCUGGUCCUACGACGCACUCUGGCAAUGCUCUUCACUGGUGCUCCUCUUACCACGUCCGACCUGGUAGUCAUGCGUAGCGAGUAUCGUCUGCUCGGUGAAGACCUUCGCUCGCGGAUAGCACGUAUACCAGAGCCACAACCUGGUGACCUAGGCCGGUCUGCUAUGGGCUCUACGUUCGAGAACAACUUUGCCUUGAAUCGGUGGGCUCGCCUUCUGCUCUCAGCGUUCGUGGACGAGCAGUACUGCAUUUCUUUCCAUCCAGUGAUCAAAGCACGAGUCAGCGAAGUCUGGCCAGAUCUGUACCCUCAAGCCAUACAGCAUUGCCGAGCAUUCCUCAAUAAAUGUGCUCAGAUGGCGUCUGUACCCGACUUUGGCGACUUCCAGUGGAGCUGGCCCGGAAACCAUCAGCCACUGCACGCAAUCACGAUUCUGCUUCUUCACCUCGUCCAAGGUCCAGAUGGUGAAGAUGCACGAGAAACCCGCAGAGCCAUUGAUAUUGCCUUUGCGCUCUGCGGCUCUAAUGGAGGCAUUGUUGCAGGAGGAUCUGGCCCAGAAAAUAUCACGAAGCGUCCCUUAACCGAAGGUGGCCAGGAAGCCUGGAGCUACUUCAAGCGCCUGCGAUCUAAAGCCUGGCAAAAGGCUGGACUGGAUCCGGACGUAUUCUGGACACGCGAGCAAGCUGUACGAUUCUGCAACGGACAUUCGGAACCUCAGCUAGUGGCACAAGAGCAUAGGCCUAUAUGGAACGAAGGCUAUCCAGGCGAGCUACAAGAUGCGAAUGAUUUAGCUGGCCACACGUUAGCGACUACCGUGGGCUCCCAGGGCGACAUGGAAGUAAUUAUGAGUCCGCCGAACAUCGACUGGACCUACCUCGACGCUGUGUUGGGCAGUGCACAGAAUGACGCUGUUCUGGACUACGGCCCAUGCGAGGAUGAGUCGGGUGAAGAUAGAUGGGUACCAUAA